UAAUUUGGUUCUUUAUUCUAUGGCCACGCCGCGGCGAACUGCUGGUUGGGAAGGCGAUGGGAAGGCGUCCGUGCGCGUGGUAAAAAUACACGAAGCACUGGUAGUGCUGAUAAAAUGUAUUACUACGGCCUCCGCGGGCGCCGUGUUUCCGUGCUUGUAGUAGGCGUCUCCGAGUCUUCGUGCUAGCCGGUGGAGCAGACGGCCCGUGACAACUGCGGCGGCGAAACCGAGAUUGCGAGCAAGCCGCCGGCGAUGUAACGAAGACUGCGACCCUGCCUGCCGCCGCCGUUCGACACCGCUCGACGAAGACAUGUCCACCUAUAGGACAAGGGUCCAUGACUUGAAGAAGCUUCUGGAGUCUGAUCGUAUCGACACGCGGAGGCUUCGCGAGCUCUGCUUUCAAGGCAUUCCCGAUGAAAGUGGUUUGCGACCUCUGUGUUGGCGGCUUCUGCUUGGGUUCCUGCCAGCAGACCGCUCAGAAUGGCCAGCCAUUCUUGCUAAGCAGAGGAGCUUGUAUGAGCAGUUUGUGGAUGACAUGAUUGUCUCCAAUCAAGAAGGUGGCACCAGCCCAACUGAACCAGAUGACCAUCCCCUGAGUGUGAACCCGAGCAGCCGGUGGCAGGCGUACUUCCGGGACAACGAGGUCCUUCUGCAGAUUGAUAAGGAUGUGCGGCGUCUCUGCCCGGACAUGUGCUUCUUCCAGCGCCCCACUGAGCACCCGUGCACCCGGAUUGCCGCCGACCCUCGGGUGCAGGGGCUACGGGAGCGUGUUCAGCGCAGCAUGCUGCGGGCCGCCAAUGUUACUCGCUCACGCCAGGGCAUCACCAAUGGUGGCUGCAAAAAUGUCCAAGCGAAGUGGACAUGCCGUCAACACUAUGCUCAGUCAACUCAGUGGCAGAGGAAGGACAGCGCUCCGCCUUCUGCUGCUGGCAUAUCAGCUUGUGUGCGGUCACGACCUGCACACGAGCCACUGGAGCAGCUGGGUGAAGGACAAGAGGCCCACUGGGAAGUAGUUGAACGAAUUCUAUUCCUCUAUGCAAAGCUGAACCCAGGCCUCGGAUAUGUUCAAGGUAUGAACGAGAUUAUUGGACCCAUUUACUACACCUUGGUGUCUGAUCCCAACUCGGAUUGGAGAAAAUAUGCAGAAGCAGACUGCUUCUUCUGCUUCACGAGUCUCAUGUCGGAGAUCCGGGACUUUUUCAUCAAGACAUUGGAUGAGUCAUCGUCUGGCAUUGGUGCCAUGAUGGAGCGUCUCAUGCAGCUGCUGCGUCGUCGGGAUGAUCGCCUGUACGGGCACCUGAAGCAGCUGCAUAUAGAGCCACAGUACUACAGCUUCCGCUGGAUCAUGCUUCUCCUCUCGCAGGACUUCCCGCUGCCUGAUGUGCUGCGGAUCUGGGAUUCCUUGUUUGCUGAUCCACAAAGGUUCACCUUUCUCAUCUACAUCUGCUAUGCCAUGCUUUCGAAGUUGCGGGACAAGCUCAUGAUGGGUGACUUUCCUUCCAUCAUCAAACUACUUCAGGACAAAGCCUGUCCACACCACGUAGCACGGCCAUGCUGUAGCAUGCGGGCAUGCACUCAAGCCCUGCCUGCUGUGCCCUUGCGUGUAGCUGCACCUAACUGCGUCUGCUGCGUAAUAAUUUCCCCGACGUGGACGUGAGCGAGCUGAUUUCCCAGGCCCUGUCGGCCCAGCAGGAAGACCUCGUGAUGUCAUCCAGCUGAUGCCAUGCCACGAGCGGCAGCUACCAUGUUCCUGCUCUAGGCCACACCGACCAAUUAUGCUCACGGCACCCUGUAAGGGGACAGCAAUAAAUUUAAGUCUUUUCGUUCGUUA